CGAGCUCGCCAAGAAGGAGGUCACGAUCAAGCCAAAGGUCAUGAUCAUCUCGAUGUUCACGCCUGAGCGCGAGGUGUGGCUGCAGGACGGCGCGCUCGACCAGCCGCUCGAGGUCGAGUACCCGUUCAACGGCGCGUCGCCGCUGUUCCCGACCAUCAACUGCGACCGCAACCGCGACGUGUGCAUCAUUACGACGGGCGAAGCCGAGAUCAACGCCGCGACGACGAUCAUGGCCAUGACGCUCAACACCCAGUUCGACCUCACGAGCACCUACUUCCUCAUUGCCGGUAUCGGCGGCGUCAACCCUCACCUCGGAACCCUCGGCACCGCCGCGUUCGCCCGCUUCUCCGUCCAGAGCGGCCUCGCGUACGAGCUCGACGCUCGCCAGAUGCCCUCGAACUGGACUACUGGCUACUGGGCUCUCGGCACCAAGGCUCCUGGCCAGCUCCCGGACGUCUCGAGCCUGUACGGCACCGAGGUGUUCGAGCUCAACACCAACCUUCUCGACCGCGUCAUGAACCUCACCCAGGGCGUCAAGCUCAACGACUCGAGCGUCGCUCAGCAGUACCGCAAGAAGUUCGACUUUGCGCCCGCCAACGAGGGCCCGGUCGUCACCUCGUGCGACACCCUCUGCUCGGACGCCUACUUUGCCGGCACGCUCCUCGCCGAGACGUGGGGCAACUACACCGAGCUCAUGACCGCCGGCAAGGGCCGCUACUGCACGACCGCCCAGGAGGACAACGCGACGCUCGAGGCCAUGGUCCGCGCGCACAAGGCCGGCCUCGUCGACUACUCGCGCAUCGUCCUCCUUCGCACUGCGUCGGACUUUGACCGGGCGCCUAAGCAGUCCGACGACGCCUACACGGCGUUCGAGGCCGAGCAAGGUGGCUUCGAGCCGGCCAUCCAGAACCUCGUGAUCGCCGGCAGGCCCGUCGUCGACGACAUCGUCGCCAAGUGGGACUCGACCUACGAGUCGGGCAUUGCGCCUCAGGCGGGCCUGAACGGCUCAUUCUACGGCGACGUCUUUGCGACUAUCCGCAAGGGCGAGGCGCAGGCGCGCAUGCGCUCGCGCCGCUCGUCCAUCGUCGCCAAGAUGCCCUCGUCGGCUUGAGUUUCCCUCCCUCUUCGUCUUUUCUCUCUUCCCGGCCUCCGACUAGAUCCCAUUCUCUGCUCUCCUUCGUUCUGAAAAGGUUCGAGCGCGCCUCUCGUCGCAGGAGGAGGUCGCAGCUCGCAUAGAUUUCGUGCAACUCGUGCUCGUUUGCCGGCUUUGCCCUC